GCCAAUAUGUUAAAAGCACUGCGGGAUGGCAAAUUUGUUGGUGUCCGAUGCUCCGCCCAUGUCCUCCAUCUUGUAGUAAAGGCAGGUAUAGAUGACACCACUUAGAGCAAUACAAAGCUCUCUGAAGUGUUAGACUCCUGUAGGAAAAUUGCAGGCCAUUUUCAUAGACGUGUGAAGGACAGUCACAUUUUCAGGCAGGAGCAGAUUGAGGCAGGUCUUCCUCAACACCGCCUGAAGCAGGAUGUAAGCACCAGGUGGAAUUCUACAUUAGACAUGCUUGAAAGAAUUCUGGAGCAACAAAAAGCAAUACAUGCAAUGUCACAUGAGCAUGUCAUCGGUGUGACCAGACCACUUAGCAGGGAGGAGUGGAAAAUAAUAGCUCAGGUGGUGACUGUACUAAGCCCCUUUCGUGCAGCAACAGAAAACCUAAGUCAAGAAAAUGCAAGCUUGGCUCAAGUCAUCCCCCUCUUUACCCAUCUUGUUAACAAAAUGGAUGCCAUCCUCAACCAUAGAGAAAACUUGCCUGGAGGAUACAUAGUACCUGAUGUUGCCACUCUUGUCAGGAGACUGCAUGGACAAUUAAACCGGAGGAUCACAGAGCUCACUGAUGCUUGCCCUGAAUUGAUGCUUGCCACCAUGUGUGACCCCCGAAUUAAGGGCAAAAUGACACUCCAAGCCAAUUCCCUAACAAGCUGGAUAGAGAAAUUAAUCAACAGGGUGUGUGACAGGCAAAGACACUUGGUUGUGCCGUCAGAGAGGGACGAUGAUGAUGAUGAUGAUGAUGAUGAUGAAGAAGAAGAGGAGGAUGAGCCUGCUAUGUCAUCAUCAUCACCCAUCACAAACACUGCUGGACACUCAUCAAGAGCUGCUGACUUUUGGACAGAAACUUUGCAAACCUUGGUCGGACACACCAGACAACCCUCAAGGAUACCCAGAGAUAAGGUUGCAGAGACUGUAAAAAGUUAUUUGUCUGAACCCCAUCUGGCACCUACAGCGGAUAGUCUCAAGUACUGGGAUGAAAGGAGGGCAAUUUGGCCUGCUCUCUCCAUGGUGGCCCAGGAGCUCCUAUCCUGCCCCCCAACCUCUGUGCAAAGUGAACGGGUAUUUUCAGUCACUGGCAAUAUUCUCUGCCCACAGCGUUCACAGCUGGCCCCUCAGCUCAUGGAGCAGAUGACUUUUCUUAAAGUAAACAUGACCAAGCUGGGAUACCCUGCUCUAAGCUUUGACACCAAUUAGUUAUGAGUUCUACAGUUCAAGUUAAAAGUUGAAGUUCUUGGUUACAAGUUGGAAUGUUGGAUCCCUUUGUGUUAUCAGUUGUUUGAAAAAGUUAAGAAAGUGAACAGCACCAUCAAACAGGAUUUAGUGGACAUUUUUGUGGAUACAACAAGGAUGUCCAUUUAUGUGGUAAAGGAGUUCAGCAAAUCAGUGGUUUGUGAAGGUGCCUCGUUGUUGCUGCUGCUGGUGUCAGCCAAUGGAGGUGAUUGGCUGAUUCUUGAUAUUGCCGUCAGGAGGUCCACCCUUAGCUGUGCUGUGGCCUGAAGGUGCUGCUGGCUGACCCGGGCAAACA